GAUGCUGAUGCAUGCAUCCGCCUUUGACGUGAGCUCAGCUAUCGCCUCAUGGCGCCAAGUAUUCUUGCAACCCUAGAAGAAAACUCAAAAGACUGGCUUUGAUACAUAGGUACAAGAGAUGGAUUAUUGCUGAGCCCGUGCUGAGCUCGUUCUGAACCAGUGAAUGAAUACCAACCUUUGCAGGGAGGGAUGACGGCGCUGAUCUGAACUUCGGAAGUAGUACUGAAAUCGACAGGUGUGUUGUCCAGGAACAAUGCAUCUGCUCCUGUCUUCUCGAGCAUGGAGGGCUUGGUCUCUAGCAACCAGGCUGCACUUCAACCCUCCAGCUGGGGCCUUGCCCAGCCUAUCUCUCUCUAAAUACUGUGCCGCCAUUCUCCAGAAUUCCUCAAACCCUAGUUUGAACAGCUCAUUGAGCAGCUCGCCGUCUGCUGUCCGCACAAUGGCCACCCAGGAAAAGCCCCCGGUUGUGCAAGAGCUCCUUCAGGCGAAUGAAAAGUACAAGAACAGCUUCACCAAUGGUGACCUGCCACUUCCCCCUGCCAAAAAGGUGGCUGUUCUGGCCUGCAUGGACGCGCGCUUGGAUCCCGCCCGGGCACUGGGACUGGAGGAAGGUGACGCCCAUGUCAUCCGGAACGCAGGCGGGCGAGCGAAGGAUGCCCUGCGGUCGCUGAUCAUAUCCCAAAUCCUGCUGGGGACCAAGCACGUGGUCAUCCUGCACCAUACCGACUGCGGGAUGCGCACCUUUUCGAAUGCCGACAUUCAGGCGAAGAUCAAGGAGCGCGACGGGCACGAGUCGGACAUUCCGGACUUCCUUCCCUAUCCGGACGACGAAUGGGGCGUCCGGGAAGACAUCCAGCUCAUCAGAGACUCGCCGCACGUGCCGAAAGACGUCACCGUGCACGGUGUCCAGCGGAUGCACGCCCUUCAACCAGCUCCGCCUAUGUCGGACAGGGACACAGGUGGCCCAUCUGUACAGAUUGCUUGCAAACGUGUUGCAUUCGUCGUUAAAUUUUCAAAGACUUCGCCGUGGGACUUUCGAAACUGUUGCAAUGGUUACUAG